GAGAAAGCGGCUGCAGGGUGAUCCAGCAGCCGGGUGACUGACUGACAGCGGCGGUGCAGACAAACACAGAAUCCUGCUUCUUUUCUAACACCCUGAAGAAGAAAAAAACCCAAAAACCAUUCAAGGAUCUGUUUCCUAUUUAGUUUUUAGUUACAAUAAGGUGUUGCCUGGAUGGAUUGACACAUUGCAUGCAGCACAGUUUGAAAGGAACAUCCGUCUCCAACCCAGACCCUCGUUCCCAGCCCCGACCCGCCCUCAACAACAAUGAACUCCUCGCCACACGGCUCCCGCGCCUCCAUCGACAUCCUGGAGGAACUCCAGCUGAUUGCUGCUCAGAACCUGGAGAAACUGGACAUCAACAAAUACUAUGAGGUUGUCUGUGAGCUGGGGAAGGGCACGUACGGGAAAGUGGACCUGGUCGUUCACAAAAUCAGAGGCACGAAAAUGGCCCUGAAGUUUCUGAGGAAGAAGACGACGAAGCUGAAGAGUUUCCUGAGAGAGUACAGCAUCUCCCUGUACCUGUCGCCCUGCCCCUUCAUCAUCAACAUGUACGGCAUCGCCUUUGAGACCGAUGAGUACUACAUCUUCGCUCAGGAGUACGCGCUGGCAGGAGAUCUGUUUGACAUCAUCCCCCCACAGGUGGGACUUCCUGAGUGUGUGGCGAAGCGCUGCGUCCACCAGGUGGCGAUCGCCCUGGACUACCUGCAUUGUAAGAAACUAGUGCACAGAGACAUCAAACCAGAGAACAUCCUCAUCUUCGACAAAGAGUGUCGCAAAGUCAAGCUCUCAGACUUUGGUAUGACGCGGCGUGCAGGCUCCCCAGUGAAGCGUGUUAGCGGCACGAUCCCGUACACAGCGCCCGAGCUGUGCGACACCUCACGGCACGAGGGCUUCUGUGUGGACUACAGCACAGAUGUGUGGGCGUUUGGAGUGCUGCUCUUCUGCAUGCUGACAGGGAACUUUCCCUGGGAGAAGGCCAUGCCAAACGACACCUUCUACGAGGAGUUUGUGCGUUGGCAGCGGCGCCGGACGGGAACCGUUCCGUCGCAGUGGCGGCGCUUCACCGAUGAUUCUCUUCGAAUGUUCCGAAGGCUCCUCUCAAUCGAGCAGGAGCGCCGCUGCUCCGUCAAAGAAGUCUUCAGCUACUUCAACCAGAGCUGGAUGUUGGACACGGAGAACGGAAACGGCUUGGCGAGCAGUGUGGCGCCCGCUCUGGACAUCAGCUCGUCGUCGUCUGAAGAGAACGUGUUAGUGGACAGGCUGAAGCAGCAGAGCUUGUCGCAUGCUUUUAUGUCAGGGAAGGGGAGCGUCAUGAUGGACACCCACUUCUCGUCCGUGUCCACGAACAGCUCACCGUCCUCCACCGGCAGCUACGAUCGCGUCAACAGAGAGAACAACGAGAGAGGGCGCCACCUGGUGGCAACACCCAUUGAGAUCUGUGUGUAGAGGCACUGGACGCUGCAAUUUCAUGUGAGGAGGGAGAUUUCUCUGAGGAAGAGGAGCAAAGAGCGGAUCAACAAGUCGUUUCUCAUGGAGAUGAGCUCUGAGGGGAUGAGAAGAAAGCCUUCUGUAAGUGGUUUAUACUUGGGAUACUGAAAUGGACGACCUCUUAAAAAAUUAAACUGAAGUGCAAGUACAAAAAAAAACAUUCACAAUCCACGAGCAAUAUGUACAUACUUUUGAAAAUGAUCCAGUCCAUGCAAAAAAUAAUCCUUGAUCGGCUUUCAGUAAAAGAUGUCUUUGUGGUACUUCUGUGUGUUUAUAGGUAAGUGUUAUUUCUUAGUAUAUGUUUUUUUUAAUUUGGAGUAAAAUUAUUUAUGUAUAGCAGAUGCAUAUAUUCAUGAUUUGUAAGAGGUUCGAAGCCUUUUGUUUUACUCUGGCUUUCUCUGAGAAAAAAAAACCAACUAAUUACUGUAGUAUGCUUUUUUUAACAUUUGUCAUCAUGUUGUCUUGAUCGCCCCUAAAAGCAGUUUUUUUUCACACCCUAAAUGUCCUUUCUCAUGUUUGCCUUUUCUCAUGUUUGCCUGAGAUCCCUCUUGUACAGCAGCAAUCCACCUCAUUUUUUUAGGGUAAAUAACACAUGAUCAUCAACUAUUUGAUUGAAUGACAAAUGGGAGAAUUAAGACUUUUUGUGAUUUCUCAAUUUGCAUGGUUAAAGAAGACAACUGUGUCUUUCAUUGAGGAAAAAGCAUAAUUAUAUAUCAAGUAAUUUAUUUGGACUUUUACUUAGUUGACAUUGAAUGUGCUUAUUGAAUUAGAAAAAACACAUACAAUUGUGAAAGUGUUUGGGGGUGUUACCUGCCCUAUCCACUUUGUAUUCUGUUACGUUGUCAUUUAAUUUAAAAGUAAAACCCUGACCCUGUGAACCUGGAAGAAGGUAGAAGAAGACAUGGCAUUAAACUGUUCCUUUUCGGUUUUCCAUAAGUAUUGCAUGAUCAUUCCUGUGGUGAAAUUUGUUGAAAUAAACACCCACAAAAUGAAA